AUGUAUACUACUAAAGCAAAAGAUUCGCACCGCAUGGUCUUAUCGCGUGCGGUCAAUCAUAUGUCAGCUAACACGCUUCAAGAAACGGCACCGGCCGCCAUCCGCAUGAAGAGAAUAAGUACAUGCGGGCUUGCACUCAAUCUCCUCGGAAGAUGUGGUGGGUGUCGUGUAAAACGCGGAGUAAUUCUUUCGUAUCGCGAUGGCCGAAUGGAGCACCAAAAGUAA